AUGGCUGAGUCUCCCAGGGAAGGAAAAGUGGCCAGGCCUGCGGACGUCACCCAGCUGAUUGACACGGCAUCUGAGUUCGUAGGAGGAGAGAUUUUAUUUGCAACAGAUGACUUUUUUGCUCCUGCAGAAAACCUUAUAAAGACGGAGGGCCCAAGUUUUAAAGAACACGAGUGCACCGAGUUUGGGAAGUGGACGUCUGGAUGGCAGACCAGAAGGAAAAGGAUCCCAGGUCAUGACUGGUGUAUCAUCCAGCUGGGAGUACAGGGGGUCAUCUGGGGCUUCGAUGUGGACACUCCUCACUUCACACGAGGAGAUCAUGCUCCUCGAGUGUCGAUUCAAGCAGCAAACUUUGAAGAAGAUAAACAACCAGAAAUCCCACAACGAGAAGUCAGGACAUGAGCCACAGACAGCCCUGAGCAGUCUGAAGCCAUUGCUGAGCUGAAGUCCAGUGACUGGAAUUGUUUGGUUCCCAUGACAGAGCUUAAACCGGGAAAUCCUGCUUCCAGCCACAGUUGUUUUCCUGUCAACUCCCGGCAGAGGUGAGGUCACGUACGACUCAACCUCUUUUCAGAUGGCAGAAUUGCACGUCUUAGGGUAUAUGGUACUGGACAAAAAGACUAGACUGCCAGUGACCCUAAAGAACCAUUAGACCUGGUGACCAUCGUUUAUGGGGGUGCCUGUGUAGGAUUUAGCAAUGCACAUUUUGGGCACCCAAACAAUAUAAGAGGAGUCGGCAUGGCAAAGUCUAUGGUGGAUGGUUGGGAAACAGCACGAAGGCCGGACAGGCCACCGAUACUGGAGAAUGAAGAGCAUGGUGUUCUCCUGGUUCUGGGCUGUGAACGGGCAGUUUUCUGACAGGCACGUCCUGAAGUAAUAGCUCAAAUUGAGAUCGAUACAAACUAUUUCAAAGGCAAUUCUCCCGACAGCUGUAGGCUGGAUGGCUGCAGCUGGACUCAGGAGGAGGAAGACACGGUCAAGCGGAAGUGGGACCUUCUGGGCCAUAAGUGGGAGCCACCGCUUCCAGUCACAAAGCUAAACCCCGACGCGAGCCACGUGUUGGACAGCCUAACCCAGGACCUGCAGGACAGCAUCGCGCACGCGAAGUUCACCGUCGCCCCGGAGUGGGGAGUGAGCCGCCGCCUCCGACUCAAGGGCCUCCGCAGCUCCAUCUGCCUCCUGCGGCCCCGCAGGAGGCCCGCGACGAGAACAGGGCACGACUCUCCCAAGGACAUACAGGCCCGGGAAUUGUCCUUCCCCCAAAUGAAGGUGCGUCCUGAAGCUUACGCCUUGGCGAUACCACGUGCCAGCUGCGCCUAG